AUGGAUCCCACGCUGCUCAUUGGCGAUAUCGUCGAACGAAGCGAAAAGGGGGCGAAACCGGUCGAGUUCCCCUCAGGCCCCAUCUCAGCGACCGGGUUUCCUCAGCACAAACGACGAUGGAAGCCCUCCGCGUUCAAGCAGCAGCGAAAUGGCGGUGCAUCGCAGCCCAACCAGGCACAGGAGCAAGGCCAGUCACAGAGCUUCGAAGAGGCCGAAAGAAAGCGAAUAGAUAGAGAGAACCAGCAAAAGAUCAACGACAUGACGCCCCAAGAGAUAUCUCAGGCGCAGGAAGACAUAAUGAAAGGACUGAACCCGGCGCUCAUACAACGCCUGCUCCAAAGAGCCAACAUCGACGAGCCUGACCCAAACUCGCCGUUUAAUAUGCCUGAGGCCCCAGAGCCGCAAGAAGCUUCAUCUUCAUUGCCUGUGAUUCCUAAAGCCCGCUUUGACGACGUGCCAAAAACAGCCACCGUUGAGGACGAGACUGCGGACGUCGUCGAGCCAGAAUCAAAACCUGAAUCAAAACGUCCAGCCGCUGCCGCUGCUGCCCAGGCGAAGUCGACCAAGAAAAUCGCCGAUAACUACGAUGAAGACCGAGAACCAUCUCAAAUCCCACCCGACCUCUUCCCCAUUACCGACCUUCCGAAAUCAACACACUUCCCUGUUCCCCCGAGCCUCCCGGACCUGGACCCUUCGGAUCCCAAUUUCCUCGCCACGCUGCACGAAAAAUACUUCCCCAAUCUCCCCGCGGAUCCGAGCAAGUUAGCUUGGAUGGCGCCUGUUCCCACUCAAGACAGUCCUGCCGAUAGAGAUUCUCCAUACUAUCCCCAUCCCGAGAUCAGCGUUUCAGCAUUGCGCUUCGACUUCCGAGGUCGUUUCCUAUCGCCGCGAGUGAGUCGGUCCAUUCCCUCAUCCAAAGGACUGCAUCACCACGGAGAAGCCCCCGAGGCUGCAGGCUACACAAUCACCGAGCUCGCUAGACUGGCACGAAGCGCUGUGCCGGCGCAGCGUUGCAUAGCGUUUCAAACUCUAGGCCGAAUCCUGUACCGUCUGGGGCGCGGCGAAUGGGGAACUACUCCAGACCACCCCAUUGCCAUGGGAGUCUGGGGCGCUGUCAAGGAGGGGCGGGUACUGGAGAGUCUGGCUGAAGCAAGCAUGGGCGAGGGCGGGCACAGGGGCAGCAGGGCGUAUGCCGUGGAAGCCCUCUGGCUGUUUGAAAAGGGCGGAUGGCGCGAGAAGCUGCAGAUCUACUCCAUCGAUCUGAUAAUCCACCACGACGUCGCUGGCCAGAACCAUGGCCGUGCUGAGUUUCAGGGCUCCGGCAGUGCCAGGCGGUGA